AUGCGCCAGAAGACGACGAGCAGCCAGCAGCAGCAGCAGCAGCAGCAGCAGAAGCAGCAGCAGCAGCAGAAGCUGCUUGCUGAGGAGACCCGUCUCUGGGAGGUUGCUGCAUGCGCAGCCAGCUACCACCCGCGUGUUGCUGCUGCUGCUGCUGGCUUGCUUGCUGCUUACUGCAGCAGCAAAAGAAGCAGCAGCAAAGGCAGCAGCAGCAGCAGCAGCAGCAGCAAGGUUCUAAACACAGCAGCAACAGACGAAGCAGCCAUUGUAGAGACACUGCGCUCCGUCACCAACGGCAGAGUCCUAGACGACUUGGCUUACAAGGUGCAGCAGCAGCAGAAGCAGCACAAGCAGCAGCAGCAGCAGCAGCAGCAGCAGCAGCAGCAAGAGCAGGAUCGCGUCUCCCUCAACUCUACACGCUACUGGCAGCGACACGAGGCAGACCCAGAGAGAGAAUUCAUCAGAAAAUACUUCAUCGAUCCUGUGGUUGCUGCUGGGCAGCUGCAGCAGAAGAGGAGACGAUCUGCUGCUGCUGCUGCUGAGGGAGAAGGAGACAGCGACGGAGAAGCAUCUGCAGCAGACAGCCAAGCCGACGACGCCUUUAGCGACGAUGAGCAGAAGAGGAGACGAUCUGCUGCUGCUGCUGCUGAGGGAGAAGGAGACAGCGAUGGCGAGGCAUCUGCAGCAGACAGUCAAGCCGACGAUGCCUUUAGCGACGAUGAGGUCGAUGCGUUCCUAGCGAAGCAAGCGCGGGAGCUGGACGGAGGAGACAGCGAUGAGGAUGAAGAUAUAGAUAGAGAAGGAGACAGCAGUGAUGGAGAUAUAGAUAUAGAUAUAGAGAGAGAAGGAGAAGGAGACAGCAGCGAUAGAGACAGAGGAGACAGCAGCGAGGAUGAGGAGAUAGAUAUAGAAGGAGACAGUGGAGAGGAGGAUGAGGGUGAGAGUGAUGAGGAUAUAGGGCUGACGGAGGAGACAGAUGAGGAGACAGCAGAGGAGACAGCAGAGGAGACAGAAGAGGAGACAGGAGGAGACAGAAAAAAGAGAAACAAACGAAAAAGACAAAACGAUGAAAUCAAUAAACUUAAAACACGAAUUAAGCGAAGCGCCCUGGGGGGCUCUCCCUAUGCAGAUGCAGAAGGACUAGAGGACCUCCUCGAUGACCUCGACAGCUAG